AAUGUAUGUCACUUUGGCUAUGGAGCCUUGUUUUCAUGUAUGUGGCAUGAGUUUUAGUCCAAUGCAUGUCUCAAUCAUGAAAAUUACUCUAUAGCCUAUAGCCUAUAGCCAAGGUGACAUAAUUUCUGGAAGCAUGUAAAAUACAGUAUGUUCAGUUUCCAAACUGUAUGGUACUGUAUUUUGCCACCCACAAAGGAGUGUGUCAUUGUGGAAUAAAUCUGCAAUAAAAAAGAAUAGAUUAAUUAUACAGGUUGUACAAGAAUCCACCAGUAACAUAAUUAUAGCAUAUGAUCAAGGUAAACAAAAGAAUGUGACCUAACAUACUCCUCAGCUUAAACCAGUGGGUAUCAGAACCAUAAGUGUACUUAUAAAGUACAUUGUUGAUUCAGAGUGAUAUUUACUGAGAAAACUUGUAAGAAAACAGGCCAUCCUGGGAAUGAGGUGCGAUCACACUGACACAUGUAAUGCCUUGGCACACACCUCAGCUAAACCUUAUUACCUCAGCUUAGGGAAAAGUGAUUUAUCUCAAGCCUCUAUAUUACUAUUUAUAUGACACAAAAAUCAAGAAGUAUCCCCAACCAUGCAAGAAAGCUAGGUAGAAACCACCUUCCCAGAUCAGCUGACAGCUUCCAGCACCCCCAGCUUAUACAUAAAAUUAAGUGGUGCAUAACACAAAACCUAAUUCCCUCUUUUAAAAGAUACGUCUGAUAGUUGAUGUCAAAUAAGAUAUAAAAGUCUAAAUAAAAUUGAAUAUGAAAAUACGUUUUUUACCUUUGUAAAUCCGAGUGUAAAUCCAUAUAUUUCAAAUAUCGUCUUUUCCCACAUUUCUUGAGUUUUUAAAAUUAGUUUGUCGUCUUUCACGGGCGAGAUUAAACACGUACGACUUGGAUAUCUUUGACCAAAUGGUCAAAGGCAGAAAGUUUAUCUCGAAAACAUUUUAAAAAAGGAUUCAAAACAACGAGAAGUCGAGAACUAUAUUAUCGGCAAAAAUGUUUUGUAAAAACCAGGGGUGUGUGAAAACGGCAGUGGGCUCAGAAUUGAGCCUGGUCAGUGGUACCUAUCAUGAAAAUAAAGUAAGUGUUGUCAUGGAAAUGGCGUCAUUUUCACUCAAAAUCCGCCAUGUUUUUGCGGACACUUUGUUGACUGAACGAAGUAUAGGAGCAGGUCCUCCAGUUAUUAUACAGCUCAGUGGUCUUAUCUCUGACAUCAGAACGACAAUAGUAAAAUAUCCAAAUGGCCAUUCCGCCACGGAUCACUGAUUAAGCAUUGGGGAAAAGGAAGGUCCAUUGUUUCCAAAUGAAACACGGAAAUGGAUCCGCAGCAGAAAGCCACAAGGAUGGGAAACAGAAGGGUGGGAGGGUGGGCGUUUUUACAACACACAAGAGUAAACAACACCCUGACGCAGCCCCCUCCUUCUCGCCCCCCCCCGCCCCCUUUUCCGGUCCUAAUUUCUUUAUCUUGCACUUUCUCUGUCUUGGCGAUCAGCACAGAAAGAGCAGUUACAACCUGUAAACUAGGGUUUUAUGCAUUGUACAUCAUUAUUUAUUCAUAAAACAACGUUAAUUACUCAAAUUCAUUAGUUAAUCAGCUUCCGUGGCGUGUUUGGCCAAUUUGAAUAGUAAAAUAUCCAAAUGGCCAUUCCGCCACGGAUCACUGAUUAAGCAUUGGGGAAAAGGAAGGUCCAUUGUUUCCAAAUGAAGCACGGAAAUGAAUUCCUCCGCAGUUCAGUUACUAUACUCGCUCCCAAGUAUAUGCACAUAAUGGCGGUCGGUUCAUUUAGUCGGUCUGUCGUUUUAGUAAUAUUCUUAUAUCUUGUGCUUCAUUUGAAACCUUUCAAGCCUCAUGAUAUCAUUCCUGAUGCUCACCAGGUAUUGACGACUGACUUAAAUGCCCACCGAAGGGUUUAUCCUACAAGAAAUACGCCUGGUAUUAGUCGCCAUUCUCGCCAAAUACCUUCGACACCGCCAUCUGUAAAAGCCAAGGUCGGUUGUCAUCUGCUAAAGGCCACUUUGAUCGCAUCUUGCCUUAUUUUGUUGGGCGGGGAUAUUUCGCAAAAUCCUGGCCCUGGAUAUCGUAGUUUGGACCACAUUAGGAAGAGCCGUGGGUUGAAGAUUGCACAUUUAAAUAUUCGAAGCCUUCGGCAUAAAACCGACUCGUUACGUCUGGAGGGUUUUGACACGAAGACUUUUGAUGUUCUUACUCUGAGCGAAACAUGGCUUAAUCAUUCCAUUGAAGACUCUGAGAUAGCUCUCCCAGGCUUCACAUGUGUUCGAAAGGACAGGGCAGAGACUAACAAGGGUUAUGGCGGCGUUGCGAUCUAUGUACGGGAGGGAUUGCCUUUUCAAGUGAGAAAUGAUCUCCACUCACUUGAACACGAGUGCUUAUGGAUUGAAAUUACCCGUGCAAAAUGUAGAUCGACUUUGAUUUCUUGCGUAUAUAGAGCACCGAAUGUAGACUUUUCGGGUUUUAUUUCGAAUUUUAAUAGCUGUAUGGAAAACAUCAAGUUGGAUAAAUGCGAUCUUGUGUUGCUCGGUGACUUUAAUGCUAAUAUGCUUCUGCAUUCCAAGAACAAAGAGAAAAAGGAGCUAUUGAAAUUCAUGCGGGUUUUUGACCUCACACAGCUCAUCACCGACGCAACUCGUGUGACGGAAACCACUCGUACCCUUGUAGAUGUGAUUUUAGUGAACAAUGAUCAUCGCAUCACUGACUCUGGUGUUGUUUCGGUUUCGCUAAGUGAUCACUAUCUCGUCUAUUGUGUUCUAAAGUCUGGAAUAACAAAGGCCCAGCCUAAAACAAUCGAAUACCGCUCAUACAAGAAUUUAAAUACAAACAGCUUUGUCGCGGAUCUCAAUAAUGUGCCUUGGCAUGUUAUUGAAAACGAGGACGAUAUUGACAAUGCAGUGCUUAGUUGGAAUACGUUGUUUACAGAAGUUGCUGAUUCACACGCCCCUGUAAAAAAACGUAGGGUGAGGGGUGUUCCUAUACCUUGGAUUAACAAUAAAAUCAAUGAGUUAAUGAAAGACCGCGACUUUCACCAUCGUAGAGCUGUUAAAACGAAUUCUGUUCAUCACUGGGCUAGAUACAGGAGCCUAAAAAACCUGGUCAACCGUGAAAUCAAGUCUGCAAAAUCUAAGUACUAUUGCGACCUGAUUAAUGAAGCGAAAGGGGAUUCUGGAAAGAUUUGGAAAGCUGUCAACGAGGCUUCAUCGCGUAAUGUUAAAUCCUCAAGUCCGCAGUGCAUCGUGACGGAAGGUGUUCAACACACUACUCCAUCUUUCAUUGCUGCUGCAAUGAAUUCUCAUUUCACCUCAAUCGGGAAAACUCUGGCUGAUAAAAUAUAUUCUGCAGUUGCUGUCGUAUCGUCAACGCCCGUCAUGUCACAACCGACCCCCGUCUUUCAAUUAAACCAUGUUGACGAAGACACUGUGCUCAAUCACUUGCUGUCCCUCAAGACAAACAAAGCAGUUGGGCUGGAUUUUAUUAGCGCUAGACUCUUGAAAUAUGGUGCACGUGCGAUUUGUCGCUCGGUUACACGGUUAUUGAAUCUGUCAAUUAGUUCCGGUAAAUUUCCUGACAUAUGGAAGUGCUCUAAAGUAAGCGCUUUAUUUAAAUGUGGCGACCGGACAAAUCCAACUAAUUAUCGUCCCAUCUCAAUCCUGCCGACACUCAGCAAGAUUAUGGAAAAAGUUGUUCAUUCUCAGUUUUACAAAUUCCUCAACGCACAAGAUCUACUCUCCAGUAAACAGUUCGGCUUUCGUCCUAAGUAUUCUACCACUACAGCUUUAUCUAAUUUUGCUGACGAGGUCUUACUAAACAUGGAGCAGGGAAACCUCUGUGGCGCAGUGUUCUUGGACCUGGCUAAGGCUUUUGACACUGUGGACCACUGUAUCUUGCUGUCUAAAUUAUCGGCAAUUGGGGUUUCGCCCAGUUCUAUCAAGUGGUUUGAAUCCUAUCUUAGUAAUCGGAAACAGCGAACCUCCUGUGGCAAUGAAUUAUCUGAUGCCCUCUCAGUAACUGUCGGUGUGCCUCAAGGAAGCAUCCUGGGUCCGCUGCUUUUCGUGGUUUAUAUAAACAACCUACCUGAUGCUGUUAUAAACUCGGAAGUAACGCUGUAUGCUGAUGACACGGUCUUGUACUACUUUUCCAAAGAUCCACGGCUGCUUGAAGAUAAGCUAAAUGAGGAUCUCCUAAGGGUUGCUCACUGGCUUCGUGAAAACAAGCUCACCCUGAACCUUGACAAGACUAAAUCAAUGAUAAUAGGCAGUAACAGGAAGCUCGGGAAUGUCUCCUCGUUAUCAUUAUCUAUUUUUGAUACUGAUAUUAAUACUGUAUCUAGCUUUAAAUACUUGGGAGUAAUGCUGUCUACAAAUUUUACCUGGACUGAUCACAUUGAAUAUAUCUCGUCUAAGAUAAACAAGAACCUGGGUCUCUUACGCAGAAUUAAGCAUUUGUUGCCCCACCAAGCUCGCCUGCUUUUCUACAAUAGUUUAGUCUUACCAAUUUUUGACUAUGUUGACUUGGUCUGGGGGGACAAGGACAAUCUUGUUUUGAUGGGUGAGCUCCAAGUACUACAGAACAAGGCUGCGAAGAUAAUAUUAGAUAGACCUUUGUACUCAUCGGCAACUGACGCGCUGUCAGCCCUGAAAUGGCUCGAUUUACGUCGACGCAGGAAUUUCCAUCGCUGCAUUCAUAUCUGGAAGUGUGUUAAUGGUCUUACGGAGCAUUCUCUAGACAUUCUUAAAUGUAGUCAGAUUCACAGUCAUAACACUCGAAAUAAGGACACAAUAAGGCUACCUAAAGUCAAACGCAAUUGGGGGAAACAACGCAUUAACUAUCAAGCAAUCAAAGACUGGAAUGAUUUAGACAGUGAUACAAGGAAUGCUCCAACACUAGUGUCCUUUAAGAGAAAUCUUUUUUCUAAACUUUUAACCUAGAGCCUGCUUAGAACAUCGUGACUUACAGUUUUAGACUUUUGACUUUUAACUAGUUUUAGAUUUUUAUAAUUGCAUGGUUAUUUGUAUAUAUAAUGUUCCCUAUGUGUAGGACCUUUGUGAAAAUCACGUCAUAUGUGACAAAGCUUUCCUCAUUAAAGAUUAUUAUAUAUAUCUCCCCCCAUAUACCGAAACCCCCAUUCUCAUGUACCCAAACCCCCAUUCUCAUAUACCAAACCCCCAUUCUCAUAUACCCAAACUCCCAUUCUCAUAUACCCAAGCCGCCAUUCUCAUAUACCAACCCCCCUGCUCAAAUACCCUACAACCCCGCCGAUUCACAUGUGCCACACACACAAACCAAACUAUAAUCUAUUAAGAAAACAAUCCCGGCAAUGGACAGUAUGAAAAAAAAGUGCAAGUGAAAAGCGAUAGGUGGACUAGUAUGGUCAAGCGACAAUGAACGCAGAGAAUAACCCGGAACUGAUACCACAGGUCUUGUCCCCGGGAGAAACUUCCACCCAAUGACUCGCUUCACAAGACGCUCAGAAGCUGCUAACGGAACAAAGUGUAGCGAGUGGCGAGAGAAAAGAUGAACAGAGAAGUAAAUCCCCAAAGCACCCCUCGGAAGGACCAGAAAAGGGCAACAGUCCCGGCACAACUGCUAAAGUCGAACACAAAGAGCUUUAGAUAGCCCUGGGAAAGUUGACCCCCACCAGCCAAGAAAGAAAAAAGAACCCAAGAAAUGCAAACGAAAACCAGCGAACGAGCGCAAACACAAGAUCAGUAAUUUCAUACACACUCGAAAAACAUAUAUUGCCGAAAAAUUGGGUGAUUCGCGUAUGGCAAGGAAGGUAUACUGUUCUGAAUCGCCAAAACAUUGGCCCUUGUCUGUCCAAUCCAAAUGCAGUAAGCGCGUGCGCUCGGUCUCAAGCAAUCAUGUAUUGCGAGAUGCACCUCUUGCAUUUGCAAUGUUCGUGCUCAAUCCCAAGCAAUCAUGGAUUGGGUCUAUUGGGAGAUGCAUGUCUCUGCUUGCCCAAACAUAUGAGCAACUGACCACUAAACAAAUUCCGUAACUGCGAGACGCCGCUCCCGCGCAUGCACUAAACUCAUUGACAAAUGAUUUCCAAAUUCCAAUUCAAUGGCUGCCAUGGUUCGUCCCAAGCAAUCAUGUAUUGUAAAAGGCAAGCCUCUCAUUCGCGAAACCCUGAACCUGUUUUUUCCAAUCCUAAGUCAGUAGCGACUCUUACUCGGUCACAAGCAAUCAUACAAUUGCGAGAUGCCCUUCGCCCAUACGCCAAACUCAUUGGCCACUUUGCCUUAAAGCCAAAUUCAGUAGCUACUCGUGCUCGGUAACAAGCAAUCAUACAAUUGCGAGAUGCUCUUUUCGUAUACGCCAAACACAUUGUCGUUGGCCACAUUGCCUUAAAUCCAAAUGCACUGAGCUAAUCAUGCUGGGUUUGAAGCACACCUGCAUUGGAAGAUGCACAUUGCUGAUACGCCAAACACAUUGGUCACGGUACCAUAAAACCAAAUUCAGUAACGAAUCGUGCUCGGUCGCAAGUAUAAUCAUGCAUUGCGAAAUGCACCCCUCUCAUACGCCAACCACAUUGGCAAAGUUGUUUUAAACUCCAAAUUCAGUAGCUACUCGUGCUCCUUCGCCAGCAAUCAUGUAAUUGCGAGAUGCACGUCUCUCAUACGCCAAACACAUUGGCCAAUUUAUGUAAAAUCCAAAUUCAGUAGCUACUCGUGCUCGGUCUCAAGCAAUCAUGUAAUUGCGACAUGCACCUCGCUCAUACGCCAAAACAUAUGAGCAACUUUGUUUUAAAAUCCAAAUUCAGUAGCGACCCGUUUUCGGUCGCCAGCAAGCGUGCAAUUGUGAGAUGAACUUCUCGUAUACGCCAAACACAUUGGCAACGUUUAAAAUCCAAAGUCAGUAGCUAUUCGUGCUCGGUCUUAAGCAAUCAUGCAUUGCUACAUGCAUGUCUCUCAUACGCCAAAUUCAUUGGCCACUGUGCCUUAAAUCAAAAUGCAAUAGCUACUCGUGCUCGGUCACAAGCAAUCAUACAAUUUCGGGAUGCACUGCUCUGAUACGCCAAACACAUCACCCACAUUGCCGUAAAUCCAAAUUCACUGACCUAAUCGUGCUGGGUUUCAAGCAAACAUGCUUUGGAAGAUGCACAUUGCUCAUGCGCCAAACACAUUGGCCACUGUGCCUUAAAUCCAAAUUCAGUAACUAAUCUUGUUUGAUAUUUGUGGUGUUACUCUGAGUGCAUAUCCACACCGGGCGAGCUUGAAAAAUAUGCCCGGCCACGGUGGGAUUUGAACCGACGACCUUUGGAAUACUAGCCCAAUGCUCUUCCAACUGAGCUACGCGGUCAGGACGGUUCGAGUAAGUGAUAUUUCGGAACAGAAUCUAGUUCCUUCAAUACCAAUGUAUUCUAGUAAUAUGAAUUUUUUCUGUGUUGGUGUAGUGUACUCAGGUGAAUAUGAUACAAAUAUCAUAUUCACAAGACUUUCUUCAGUCUUGACAUUGUAAAUGAUAACUGUAUCUAAUGCUUUGCCACGUUUGUCAACGCCGCCUAUAACAACGAUGUUAUCUCUCCAUCUCACAGUUGCCAUCUCACUCACUUCAUACGGCAGUGGUGCCAACUGUUUACAUUCAUUCUUCUUUAUAUCAUACAGUACGACACUGCUGAGGCUUUCUUGGUAAGAGCCACCAACAAUCAACACAUUAUCACACAAAUAUUUCCAUACAGUGAUACAUUCUCGGUUCUGGCAUUUUUGUUAAGAUCUUCGCGGUAUAUGGAGGAACCAGCUGCACUUCAUGAACACAAUCAGCAGUUCCAUCAAAACCAUCAGUGACUAUCAAACAAUUAUUAUACAGCACACUGCUGUGGAAUGCCAACUUAGCUGGAAGUUUAACAGGACACUCACUCCAGUGGGUUGAAAGAUCAGGGUUUGGGUUGAUAUUCAUUCUGAUCAUAUCAUUGACACAGACACACCCAGAACAGUAACCUCCAGCAAUUGUCACAUGAUUGCUGUAAACAAAUGAGGUUGCCCCACAACGCUUCCCUGGCAAGGAUUGUAAUGGCGACCAUGUUCUUUGACGCCAGUUAAACAUCUCUACCGAGUCAGUUCCUAAACCUCCAGCAACAAUUAAAGGAAUACCGAAUGGUUUUCCGUGCAGGAUUGCGUGAUCUAUGCACGCGGGAUGUUGCGAGACUUUCGGAAAGCGUAAAAAUACACGAGCCGUACGCGAGUGCAUUUUUACGCUUUCCGAAAGGCGAGCAACACCCCAAGUGCAUGGAUCAUGCUAUCCUGCACGGGAAAACCAUUUGGUAAUUGUUUUAUAAAAUUACUACAGUGAAACGACGCUUAACUUGUUUAAAAUUACUGAUGAAAUGUGCAGUUCUCACAACAUUCGUGAAUUAACCAAUCAGAGAAUCGCUACUCCACGCUAUUGAAAACAACAACAUAUGUGAACAGAACUUGAUCGCAAAUUCGCGAAAAUAUACAGCGAAAAUACAGGGACUUUUUCGAAAAAAUAUACGAAAUUUGAAAUGGAAAACCUGCUAAACAGAGUGCCAAAGUAGUUUUCAAGAUUCUCGACCUGAAUAUGUGAGAAGCGUUUGAUCAACUUUGAAGCGACAGAUGUUGUACUUGCAUGCCAUGGUCUGAUGAAUUUCAACGCUACGCGUUGCUACUUGCUGAAUAGCAAUGUAUUGAUCAGAAAUUUAUUCAUACAACUAAACCAACGUCUCAAUAAUUGGAAACUUACUUCAAAGUCGAAAGGUAUCGUACAAUGAAACUUUACAAUGCGAGUAUAUUUGUAAAAUUAUGUCCACGAAUUUCUGUUCAGAAUUUCCCGUGCAGGAUUGUCUGAUCCUGCACGGCUGUUGACCAAUCAAAUUGCGUGUUUCACUGUAGUUAUUAUAUAAUAUAUUUUCCUUAUCACCACUAGCUGUACGUCUUCUUUUUCUGGGGUAUUCUUCUUGACAAGAACGUCCUUCAUUUCAUCAAAACCUUCAAUCAAAGCUGUUUUCAAUCCUUUCACCUCAUUAUUCACUGUUUCGAGUUUUCCUUCCAUAUCUGUUUUUAUAUCAGCCAUACCACACUUCAUGUUUGUCUCCAUAAUCGCCAUUUUCCUCUCAACAUUCGCCGCUUUCGCCUCAACAUUCGCCACUUUCGUCUCAACAUUCGCCAUUUUUGUUUCCAUUGUUAUAUUCGUCACCAUAUUCUUCUCCAGAUUUACAAUUUUUUUCUCCAUAUCCGCCAGCGUUUUUGUCAUUUCUCCACACGAGUGACACUUCAGCUUUCUAAACUCACAAAUUUCGCUUUCGUGGUGAAUAAGAUCACGCUUGUUUACAGUUACACCACAGCCUUGGUUUGAACAAACGACUGGUGUAAAUCAGCAUGUAGCCUCGUGACGUUCAAGAUGUUGUAAUUGUACGACAUCUUGACAACCCCUGUUCUUGUGAACGCAAUGAAUAUCCAGUUCAUUUAAAAUAUCUUUUACCAUAACAUGAUUCUGCUUGCUUCGGCCAAAGUCGCUACAGUCAGUACGUCCGCACACGUAGGGCAUCUUCGUGAAUUCUCGAGGUGUUUCGUAAUACAAGAACGGCAGAAACAAUGUUGGUUUCUCGGCCACAGAACCGGGUCUUUAAGGACAUUGAAGCAAAUCGAACAGAUGAAAUUUCGAUUGACUGCAUGUGCUCGCAAACCUUUCUUCGUCGAAGCCUGGCACAUAAGACGCCAUAUAUUUCACGCCGUUCUUGUUUCGUUAUGACAAAGCAAGUUCUGUGUUGAUAUCGAGGAACGAGUAAAGUCUAGAAUUCAACAAGCGAAUGAAUUGUAUGAUAUCCUUUCUUAAAAUGGAAGGACAUGAGCUAGACAAAAUGGAUUUAACAUGUGAAAUCCCGGAAUCUAAAUAAGUCUGAAUAUGCUGUGACAUAGAAUCAAUGGUAAUGCGCAUCAAACGCCGACUGUGUUCAUAACAAGCUUUAGUGACACGAGAUGCAAUCAAAAUCAAAAUCAAAAUUAAAAUUUAAAAAAAUCAAAAUCAAAAUUAAAAUCAAAAUCAAAAUGAGUAUGUUAGUGAGAUAUCAUACUCAACUGGGGUAGCUAAUCCUGUAAAAAUAUACAGCGGAGAUAUCUAGUGGGAUAUAAUACCGAGCCUGGUAGCCGGGGUAACUAUACUGAGGUAAAAAAAUCCAGCUGGACUAGCAGGUGAGACAUCAUUAGUGAUAAUGAAAUAUGAUUGUAUUUAAUAGAUGGUUUGGAAAACGAAAAAAAUCAAUCAAAAUCAAUCAAUUAAAAUCAAAAUCAAAAUUAAAGCAUUACCAACAGAUAAUGGUGUAGCAAUGGGAACUAAAAUGGGACCCAACCAUGCUAAUUUGUUUGUUGGUUUUGUGGAAAAACAAAUCUUCGAACAGUACACUGAUCCCAUCCCUGAUUACCUUGGUAGGUACAUAGAUGACUGUCUUGGAACGCUUUAUUAACUUUGUUAAUAAUUUUCAUCCAGCAUUCCAGUUCACAUGGGAGAUCAGUGAGACCAGUGUAUCAUUCUUAGAAUAUCCUUGUAUCAAUCAAUGGUAACUUACUAUCUACUUCUGUGUUCUACAAGCCCACUGACUCCCAUAGCUAUCUUCUAUUUUCCUCUUCCCACCCCAACCACACCAAAAGGUCGAUUCCCUUCUCUCAGUUCCUUCGUCUUCGCCGCAUCUGCAGUGAAGACGAAGAUUUUCAGGCCAAAAGUCUGGAGAUGAGACACUUUUUUAUCCAGCAUGGUUAUCCUACCUCCCUAUUAGACACUGCAUUUUCGAAGGCCUCCCAAAUUCCCCGUUCUGACACCCUCACAGACCCUGUGUCUAAUGUCACAGGCAACAACAUCCACUUAGUAUUAAACUAUGAUCCUUUCAAUUUCAAAGUUAAAGAUGUCAUCAACAACAAUUUCCACAUUUUGAAAAACGACCCUGAAACAUCUUCCAUUUUCUCCGAUAACCCCUUAGUCUCUUUUCGACACAGCAAAAAUAUCCGUGAAACCCGUGCCCAUAACUCGUUAGCACAGGCUUCGACGUCACAGAUAGGCACUUUUCCUUGCCUGUCGUCGAAAUGUAAAACCUGUGAUUUUAUAGAUUCCACCACUAUUGUUUCGGCACCAAAAUCUGAAUUUCACAUCAAGCACCAUUUCACGUGCGCCUCCUCCCAUCUCAUCUGCAUCUACUGCAUCUCUUGCAGCAGAUGUGGCAUGCUUUACAUUGGGGAAACUGGAAGAUGUUUAAGGACAAG